AGCGCUGUGUGCUUCCUGUUCCUCUACGUUCUCGGUUCCGACCGUUUUUCCGUUCUUUCUCGCAGUAAGUACUUUUUUCUUCCACCGACUAGGUGGGGAAUGCGAUUCGAGUGGAAGUGGACAGAAUACAGGACGAUUUCGGACGCGCAAAGUGGUGAAAAGUGUUUAUCGAAAGUGGCGCUUUUCUUGGGCCUGGUUGCGGGAAAAAUCGAGCUGCCAGAAAAUGGCUCACGAACGCGACUGUUUCUGUGGUGGUGGUGGUGCUAGUAAUGCAACUGGUAUUAGUGACAAUAUGAACAGUGGAAACCUGUUCGAGCAAUCAACAACUUGUUAGAGGACUUGAGUUCACUACUGACUACGGAAUCCUUGCAGAUCUUGCUGGUAUUAGUGCGGGAAAUUAUUCUCUUCCGCGGCGAAAAGUGGUAUGAAAAUUCGAGUUUGCAAGCAUGGCCGCCGGGCCCGGUUCAGUGUUCCGUCAAUACCGAGUCGAAAAUUGCUGAAAAGUGGCUCAGAAGGGAUCAAAUAGACCGGUGAACAGGUUCAACAGUGUACCAACGGUGGAACAUUACUGAAGAUUGUCAAUUUGAAGUUCAGAAACACCAAUCAGUGACGUAUUAUUACUAAUUGGUUCCAGUCUCCUCUCAAUGAAGUUACAUUCGUCAGUGCACAAUUAAAGUGUUGUGUAAUUUUGCCUUGGACUGUGCAAAAGUCCCUAGAAGACCGAACUGAACAAGUUGGAAACUGUGCUUGUUACGAGACACACCUGCUGGAUCCGCACCUGUUGGACUGGACUUGUCCGGUUAGGAUAUCCGUUCGAGGAGAAUAAUGCAAAAUACCAUCCUCCUGUCGCCAUCCACCCUCGAGGCAGAUGGCACUCCAUUUUCGGCUACUUGUUGCAUCAAGCUGUAAUAAUUACAUACAUACAUACAUUAGCGAACUGUCCCAUUUUGGAUGUGAAGUAACCUGUGACUACAGUCAAAAUGAAAGCAAUUAGAUGUUUGAAAACACAACGAAAGCAAUAACCAUCCUGUGAAAUUAUAACAAAACAAAGAAAAAAAGAUAAAAUUAUAAAUCCUAUCGAAUGUUUGGAAUCUAAUUCCCUCUUCCUAAAAGCAUGAAAUGAGAUUAGAGCAAUAAAUAUUUUAUACUGCAAACUUUUAAACUAAAACAAAUAAAAAUAAAUCAAUAUCGCUGCACAACUUAGUUGCAUGAAAAACAGUUUUCCCCCCUCCAUCCAGUGGCGUCACAGCAACGAAGCACCAGCUGCCGGAAAGGAAGUGAGAAACUCGUCCAAAACUACCCCAUAACAACAAGUGUUAUACGAUUGUUCUUCCUAAACACAUAAAUAUACACUUUGACUUACCUAUAUUGGUUUCCUCUGUCCACUGUUUGCUCUCACACGCAUCAACCUAUGGCACAGUAACUUGCAGCCCACAAAACCAUCCACCCACCCACGAACAUCGAGCAUAACUACUGCACGCUAAAGGACCAAAACUCUCACCCAUACAACGAACCAACUGCUAGAAACAGCAACAAACAACAAAAGCAGGAAAAAUCAACAACAACCGACGAACCAAGGGAACCAGUAAACCUGUCCGCGAGUGAACAGGAGGGCUCGAGGUCAACCGGUCUCACUCUGCUGCACAUGUGAUCCACUAACACCAACGCUCGAGUGGCCGAAGCUGGGGGAAAAGUCAUUCAAUCGCGAAUCUUGCCACCCACCCAGCGCCUCGACUCCCAUCCAACGCAAAGCGGAUUCAUGAACCAAAGAGAGACCAUUAAAACAUAUUUCAUAAAUCCAACAAGUGUGUUGUUUUUCGGUAUCGUGCUCAGCCCUGUUAACCCCUUGCCACCAAACCACCCCCAAAGGUAACGUGCCGACAACGAGAAGAAGUUUUAUUUUUUAUCGAUUUAUUAGCCUACCUGGUCGGGUGUAGGAAGUUCACCGGUGGCAGCAGCCGGGCUCCUUCCAGAAAUAAAUAACAUUAUUAGUGCGGGUGGAUCAAUUCAAACAUGCCCCGUUGCUAUAUCGUCAAGAAGCAAACGACAGCAACCGACAGCGGGACCGGUGGUUGUGGGACGAUGAUUCCCUGCGGACGCUUCGCUACUAAUGGGUUGCUACCCGGUCAACCAAACGGUGCUGGUGGCGGUGGCCAUGUUACCAUUAUCAGCGGGCCUGGUACCGGUGGCGGUGGCGAUGGCGGCGGAAGCAGUACAACGGAAGUGGGAAAUGUGAUUGUGAAGCAUAGCAGCAACAGCGGAAAUAGUGCAAUGGUGGGCCCAGGGGGAGUGAUCUGCAGUCCCAGUCCGGCACCGACCGGAAAUGUAAUUAUACUGAAUAGUGUGAGUGUGAUCAGUGGUGGUCCCGGAGCGAUGGGAAAUAUGAUUGGAACCAGCGGUACGGGGGCAACUGGAGCAAUCGGGACAACCAGCGGAGGAAUUGGAAUGACGGGCGGAGUAAUACAACGAAUAGAGGAGUCCGUUGGACCUACCAGUCCGACAGAGGCGUGCGUGGCACCAAUUUACUACACCAAUUUGGCGGAAAAUCAAAAUGGAUUCUCCAUUCAGCUAAGCGAUUACCGGAACAUAAAAUGUGGGCCAGUCACCGCCUCCCACAGCACCAGUAUCAAAACCAACAGUAAUAAUAACACAAACAGUAAUAACAACAAUAGCAACAACAACAACACCACCACCACCACCAUUAGCCACGUGAAGGCUAAUUCCUCAAGACAUUUUACGGUAAGUGCUUCCUCAAACCAUUCCGUCGUCAACCAGUCGCCUUCGGCAUCAGCAGCAACAGUAACUCCACAACCACUAGCAGUCGCAACGGCGGUGCUAAAAUCCGGCCGUAGCUAUAAUAAUUAUCCGAAUAAAAGAGAACAACAGAUGUUAAUUUACACGCAGCCCCCAUCGGAUAAGAAAGCAGAUAAAUCACCUUCAUCAGUGUCCGCGGGCGACUCAUCUUCUACCGCCGCCAACAGUAAAGGGAGUAGCAGUACAACAACAACAGGUCGUCAGACGUCAAGCGCCCCCUUCCAGUACGACGCCACUUCGCCGAUAUUCCGCGACCGAAGCAUCGAAGAAACGGAAGCCGCACAUGAUUUAUUGUCGCUAUCGCAGAGCCUACCCCCACUUCCGGCUCCGUGCGUGGUGACAAUUCUUCACCCCAGCACGGAACCGCCCGUGAACUUUGUCACGUCCAGCGCACCAACAACUAGUGGCCCGCCUGCUAUCGUUCAGAACACCAACAUCAUUAACAUCGUAGACGGAAGUUAUCAGUGUCCCCCGGGAUCGGCACCGAUAUCGAUGAUAAUUCCGUGCUAUGAAAUAACAUCCACCACCAUACCAGUGGUGAAGACCAUCGCUGCCACAGCGGCACCAUUAACGCCGCCCACUUCAGAACACUCAUCCGACACGGAAAGCAAUGGGUUCUCGCCGAUUGCCCAAUUACCGCUGGUCUCAUUCGUAUCGUCGUCUUCCAACCAGUCCAACAAACGGACCAAAAAAUCUUCCUCAGCUGGAUCUGCACUCGCACAGCCCAGCAAAAAAGCCAAAGGCAACCAAGCAGACUCAACUGAAUCUAAGGCGGCUGAACUCUACACCUACGAUGACCUCAUUUCCAGCGAUGGUCGCACGAAAAACCGCAAAAAGUCUAUCAACUCCAAUAAACAUCCGACCAAUACAGCUAGUGAUCAGAAACAACCUCAAACAGAAAGCAAGACGUCACCCUCACCUAACGGCCUAGUAUCGAAAGGUAAAUACAAGUGUCCUGAGUGCGGCAAGCAGUACGCAACUUCCAGUAAUCUUUCACGUCACAAGCAAACCCAUCGCAGUCUGGAUUCCCAGUCUGCUAAAAAGUGCAUGACCUGUGGUAAGGCGUACGUCUCCAUGCCUGCCCUAGCCAUGCACCUGCUGACUCAUAAACUCUCCCACAGCUGCGGUGUGUGCGGUAAGCUAUUCUCCCGACCGUGGCUUCUUCAGGGUCAUCUUCGCUCGCACACCGGUGAAAAGCCUUAUGGCUGCGGACACUGUGGAAAGGCCUUUGCCGAUCGGUCCAAUCUGCGAGCUCACAUGCAAACCCAUUCCACGGAUAAGAACUUUGAGUGCGAACGGUGCCACAAGACGUUCGCUCUGAAGUCCUAUCUGAACAAACACCUGGAAUCGGCAUGUUACAAGGACGAAGAUAUGGUUGGAGGUAGGAAAAUCUACCACAGCAGUCAGGACAUCGAUAGAGAUGAGGCACGCCAAAGGCAACUCCAGCAGCUACACGACGAAAACAGUAGCAUGACGAUCGAUGUGGUUACAACAACGACCGGUUCCUGGAGUGAUGAUUUGAAUGGUUGUAGCGAUGGUGGUGCUGCUGCUGGUGCUGCUGCUACUGGGAUGCACCUGACCAGUCACAGUGACGAAGGAGAUGACGAUGAGGAUAUUGAUGUGAUUACGGCGUAAUAAACUGUUCUUUUAGGUUAAUCGAAAAUAAUUCCGGUUAAAUCUGUAUAUUCACUCUUACGACUGUGUUAGAGUUCUGUGGUACGAAAGAAGAAAAUUAGAAUUGUUAAUUUGAUGGAGACGCAGAAGAAUUAUAUAUUUGCUAGCGAAGAACCAGCAUAUUUGAAAGUUAUGGAAUGUAUGCGUAUUAGGCUGGUUCAAUUUUUGACCAUUAGUUCCACCAGGCUCUACUGAUUCCUUUUAUGGUCCUUAGUAAUUGUACAAAUUUUGCUGUGUAUCCAUAAUGAAACCGAGUAACUGCUGGACAGAGUAGUAUCCCGUUAAGUAAUUUCGUGCAAGUUUUGUUUGGUAAAUAGUAAAUGUUUUUUUUGACGUAGUUGUACAGAAAUGACUGACAUUAUUUUGUAUAUAACCUAUUCAUAAAAUGAGCAAUCGUAGCUCUACAAAUCGAUAAUUCCGAAACGCUUCAGAAAUUCAGCACAAUCAUGGCAAAUUUUCUACACAGCAACUGAUAAAUCAUUGCUUUCCGGUUUUGAUCAUGUUUACCCAACCUAUUUCCCCUGCAUGAUUCAAUUCAUUAUUAUUUUUCUUCUUAGGAUGUGUAUAUAAGGAAACGCAUUAGAGCAAAGCGAAACUUUCCACCCAAGGGCGUGGCAAGCGAGACGAGUUUAUCUGCCAUCCCAAAACAUGUUGAAACAUUUUUGCAUGCGUAACAAUAAAUGGGUUUGUUUUAGAUGGAAAAAAACUUUCGCAAACUUGAAUAUUUACGAGCAUGAUGAACUAACAAGUUUCU